GCCGCGGCGCACGAACACCAACACCGGCUUCCUUCUGCUGUUGCGAUGGCCACAAUGGCUGACACCACCAUGGUGCAAACCUUCUUCAGCGAUGCCAGCGAUGGAGAGGAGGUCCCUCCAGUGCUCGCUGCACCAGCCCGCACCGCCACGAGGAGCCACUUUUCCGAGGUGAUGAAGAGCUUCUCCGCUCUUCAGAGACAUUUGGACGCUCUCGAGCAGUCCUUCCAGGAGGACUGGGAGCAGGCCAAGGUGAAACCGAAAGCCAAGAUCAAGAAGAAGCGACGCACCGCACCCAAGGCGCAGGUCCAGUUUGAUCCUCCCACGGAGGAUGCUGAGGCCGAUCCUGAGCGAUUGGAGUUGCGUGCCUUGACCUUCCAACUGGAUGAGCUGGACGAGGCCGCCCCAGCGCCCGCGCCCACCGCGCCCACCGCGCCCACCGCGCCCACCGCCCUUCCGAAGCCGCCGGCCUCGGCCGCCCUUCCGCCGAGUACGACGACGGAGUCCUUGGCGAUGGCCAAGGUGAAAACCAAUACCGUCACAGGCUGCAUGGUGGAUGCCCACGUCAAGGAGGCUACCAAUUCGGAGAAUUUGAACGAACGCUUGGCGGAAGCCAAGGCCAAGUUGGAAGCCUGUCGAGAGGACUCGAUCCUCAAGAAGCUCACGUGGAUCUUGCGCAUGGUCUUGGGCAUGGGCCAUCGGGGAGACUAUGGGGAGAAGCCCUCGGAGUUCCGUUGGCUGGUCUUCGAGUUCUUCGCUGCCUGCUUAAUCCUUGCCAACUCGAUCGUUCUUGGGCUCGAAGUGGAGUAUCAGGCCUCACAUGUUGAUCCUUCUCCGGCUUUAACGAUUCUGAGCCUCCUAUUUGCCAAUUGGUUCAUCAUUGAAGUGAUCAUCCGCGUGCGGGUGGCUGGCAUCGUGCCAUACUUCUGCAAUGAGGAAUGGAUGUGGAACUGGACGGACCUGAUCUUGGUCUUGGUGAGCAUCAUCGAGCUCGCUUUCGUGGCCUUCGGCGACUCAGGCAAUGCCAAAUCGCCCGUCUCGAGCUUGCGGGCGAUCAAGAUCAUCCGGGUCGUACGGCUUUUUCGGCUGUUGCGCUUUUUCCGCCAGCUGGCCACCUUGGCACUCAUGGUCGCCCACUCCGUUCAGCAGCUUUUGUGGGCCUUGGUGAUGUUUAUCCUCAUCAUGUAUGUGUUGGCCAUCACCUUGACGGGCUCCUGCACGGACUGGCUGAAAGAACGCAUCGACUUCACCACAGCAGAGUGGGAGCAAGAGAUCUUGGACAGCACUGAGACUGGGGUGACGAAAGUCUACACCUAUUUUGGCAGCAUCAGCAGGAGUCACUACACCUUGUUUCAGACCACCUUGGGUGGCGUCAGCUGGUACGAGGUCACCGAUGCUUUGUUCAACGUGGACGCCUUCUCCUGCAUCCUGAUGUUUGCCUACAUUAUCUUCACCAUCCUGGCCUUGAUGAACGUUUUCACAGGUGUGUUCGUGGACAAUGCCUUGCAGAAUUCCAAGAAGGAGCGCAAGACUCAAAUUGAAGACACCAUCGACCGGAAACGUACUGCUUUGGAUCAGAUCAUCGAGUUCUUCGUGGCCACGGAUUCGAACGGUGAUGGUACCAUCAGCGCUGAUGAGAUUCAAUUUCUGCUUGAGGAUCCCAUGAUGAGCGCCUAUUUCGACAUGAUCGGCUUCAGACCCGGAGAUGCAAAGCUGUUGGCGGACUUGCUGGAUUAUGACAAUUCCGGCGACAUCUCCUUGGACGAGUUCAUUAGCGGUUGCGAGCGGAUGAGAGGUGAGGCCAAGGGCAUUGAUGUGCAUUUGCUGAUGAUGGAAUGCUACCAGAUCAAUGCGAAGCUGGAUGCCCUACGCCUCAACAGCUCCAAGCGCGAAGCACCGCCCGUGGCGCGGAGGUCCAGGAUCAAGAUCCAAAAGUCGAGAUCGAAACUCUCUGAGAGCAGCCGAUGACCUUUGAGCAGACCCUCCGAGCUGCAACAUGGCAUGGUAAGCUCAGAGAGGUUGGCCAUUGAAGACAAUCCCAAUGGACCCUGAAGAACGCUGGUGCAGCGUGAAGUCGGACAAAUUUGACGGACUCAGGGUGCAAGUCUCCUGACCAGGUUCCAUGUUUGUUUUUGGGCGCGUGAAGGACAGGUUAUAAAUUAG